AUAUGACCAGGCCUUAUCGAACGUCGUUUUAUCACGUGUCAGCUGGAAGCGAAAUGAGAUUCUCAACCGCUGCUCUCCUGUCAUGACAACGGACGCGUGCAAGGAUGUCAAGGAAGCACGGGAACAAGAAUGCCGAUUACAAGGCGCGGCUCGAAUACAAAUUGUAUUUGGCGCGGGAGAAUCCUGAACCGGUAUUCGACGUGUCGGAGUGUGCCUUGAAGCAUGUGCCAUCGGGUAUUUAUUCGCUCUGCAAAGUGUUUCGAAAGAAGAGCCUGCUGAUGUACGACAACAAGCUGAGCUCGCUCUCUGGCGGAGGUGCCUUAAGUGACUUGUCACUUCUGACUGUCCUAGACAUUCACGAAAACGAGUUUACCACGUUACCUUCCGACAUUAUGUAUCUCUCUUCCCUUAAGGAACUCUAUUUGCAAAACAACAGCAUCCGCAAACUGCCCAAUGAGAUAAUUCACUUGAACAAGUUGACAAUUCUGAAUGUCUCGAGAAACAACUUGAAACAGCUGCCCGAAAACAUCGGACAGCUGCAGCAGCUCAAUGUUUUCGACAUCAGCUACAACAAGUCGCUGCAGAAGCUGCCCAAGUCUCUGGGUUACGCUCAGCAAUUAACGAAUCUGAAUAUCGACGGAUUGAAUCUGCUUUAUCCGCCUCGGGACAUUCUGGACGGCGGCGCGAUAGUCAUUAUUGCGUUUCUUGCGAACGAGAGCGGUAUCGAGUACUCGCCGGAGAGUUCCCUGUCGGAGACCGACAUUUCCAGAGAAAUUAGCUCGGAAGAUAUGCAGUCGAUGUAUCACAAUAAGAGUAAUGAUGUGCAGGCAGCGUUACAGAAGCUAGACAAAAUGAAGGAACAUCGACAAAACGCCUUGUUGGAGGUGGAGAAAACCAUAAAACAGCAACAAGAGUACGAGAUAGAAGUUCAAACUAUGCUCAAAGCUCACAGAAAGAAGCUUUUGGAAGAUCUAGCGUUACAGCAGAUACAGUUGGAGCAAGAAGUUGAAAAGGCACAGCAGGAGAGAGAUAUCAACAGAGAGCGUUUGCUCUCGUACAUUUAUAACGCCGAGAAAGAGGCUGAUAAUGUGAUUAAAGAGUUUCUGAGAAACAGCGAGGAAGAAAGACAGAGCCAGGCCGAACUGGUGAAACGAGAGAAGCAGGAAGAAAUGCGACUGCUCAGUUCUUGCCACUCGGAACAGUUUCUGCUGCGUACAAAAGACACUCUUCUUGCGAUGGAGAAGUUGCUGGAGGAGGAAAUGUGCAAAGCGAGAAAAUUAGAGGAGCACACCAAAUACAGAUAUUACGCCGCGCAAUCGCUGCUCACACUAGAGGUGAGGAACAACGAUCAUUUGGCGCAAGUAGUGCACGACCAGGAGAAGAACAGGCAGGAUCUCGUCGACAGACUGCGACAGGACGAGGUUCUACAGAAAGCGGCGGUCGCCGCGUUGCUCGAACGCAGCGACGCGCGUUCUUGGAGCAUCAUUCACCAAGUAAACCUGGUGCAGUUGCAAUUGGCCGCGCUCACGAAUAUCGAGCUCGAGAGGAGAAAACUUGAGAUCAAUCAACAGCUCAAUGAGAUUGCUGAUAGACGCGUGACUCUAACAGCGAUUCUGAUCGACCUGUUAGAACAACAGAAGACCAGAAGAGACCAAUUGUUGGAGACAAUCAACACGAUAGAGCAACAGCGAUGUGUCUCUAACGUACGACGAGGCAGUUUGUUCUGGCUGAUGCAGUAUCAGUCUCUUAUGGAAGCACGACCGCAGGGAAUGCUGGAGAUGCUGGAACCUACGCUGGUUCGACACGUGGCGAUAGCGGGUGCUCUGCAUUGUCUCCCGUUUCUGGUCACGUUGCCAUCUUUGUUGCCGGAUGUCACCGACGAACAAUUACAAGAUAUUGGCAUAAAUUGCGAGAAAGAUCGUGCCGCGAUCAAAUUGGCGGUUGAAAACUAUCUGGCAGAAGUGAAAAUGAGCGAAGCCAGAUCGCCCAUAAUGCCUUCCGCGCCCCCCGACGAGGCGUCGACUAGCAAUCAAGACUUUAGCUGUAUUCAAAGUAUCGACAUGAUCGAGUGCGUAAUCUGCCUCGACUUGCAGUGUGAGGUAAUUUUUCUACCCUGCGGACACCUCUGUUGUUGUUCCUCUUGUGCCGAUAAAGUUACCACAGGGUGUCCGAUGUGCAGGAGUUCGAUAGAUCGCAAAGUGCGAGUUCUGCAGCCUUGAAAUUCCACGUUUUAAUUCGGGCUUUUUGCGAAUUUAAUUUUCCGACUUCAUGCUCAUUAAAAAAAAAAACCGAAUCUAUUCCUCUUCGUCUGUGAUCACACAUACACGCGCGCGAACGAACUGUUUCCAUAAAUGGUGGAAGGUAUAACGCACACAAGACAUGUUAUAUUUGCCACUGUGUGACGGAAGCGUGUAAAGCUCGCGAAUCAUCGAUUCCACGUAAAGGAAGUACAUUUAGUACACACACAUACACACACACAGUAACUCACAAAAUUGCUCAAUUGCAUUGAAAAAAAAAAUAUAUAUAUAUAUUAUUUAACAUUUCACAUAUUUGGCAUAAAAAUACAAACGCGUAAAUCUCGAAAGAAACAUAUUUCUCGAAGAAACUUCGAGUGUUUUAAAGAGCGUCUGAGAAUAUUUCACAGAAUCUUGUUUGUAUUUUUAUCGACAAUAUAUACACGAGCUGUACAAAUCCUGUUUUUGUUAUUUUUUUUCCUAUCUUUUCUCCUUACAAAAGUACGCACCGCACUGACAUUUGAUCAAUUUCGUGAGUGACUUGUUUCUCGGCCACUUGGGUCUUAAACUGCCAGAUUUUUCGAGCAGUUCAACAAUGUCGUUCCCUUCGCGAGAGUAGUUGAAACAACGCAUCUCGCGAACGCGGGUCGACUGGUGUUAUUUAAGCGAUAGAAAUGCUAGCGAAACAAAUUUUGUCCAUCGAUCCAGACAGAAAAAUAUUAGCUUAAUUAAAAAUUUCACUCCUUUACUCUCGUCGAUGCGAUGAUGGCUGAAGUAAGAAAAACACCAAACUUUUUAAUCAAUCUGAUGUAUUAAGAGACACAGUCUUGCUAGUGAAUUUAUACGCUUUAUUACUACAGUGCUAAAAAUCUUUGUCACGAUAUAUAUAUACGAUAUAUAUAUACGUUACUGUAUACAGUGAUUUUAAAAAAUGUGAACAGUGAAUUGGAAUGUCAAGAAAGAUCACGAUCACGAUCACGAUCACGAUCACGAUUUUAGUAGGUCAAACUUGUGUAAACAACUCUAUAAAUCGCAUGUACAAUUUGUAUGAGAAAGAGAAGGAGAAAGAAAGAAGAUAUUUGAUUUUAU